AUAGUGGAGGCGGGUCUCAUUGCAUUUUCACGAGUUUCACUCUUUUUUUCUUUUUUUUCGCUCUUUCACUUUUGUGUACUUCGCUCUCUUCUCGGCCCUCACGCUGAAGGGGGCGCUCAAAAUCGUUUCUUCGAACGCUUCAAUCAACAAAUUGGCGAUUCGGGAGUUAUCAAGUUAACUUCAUAAUGGGCACAAUGUUCCAAAAUGAUUGGGACGAAGAGUACUCUACAAUUGGAGAAAAACCAGAAAUUGGGUUCUUGGAUUAUGAGGACGACAAGUCACUCCACAGUUUUGACCCAUUCGAAGAAGGCCCGAUAAUAAUCACACUCCCUUUCCCUUUUAUUAAUGGGAAACCGCAAUCUGCUCUUAUUGGUGAAACAGCAGCAGAUGCGAUUGAUAUCAAAAACACCACUGAUGAACCGAUUGAUCUAUGGAGCGUCAGGAUAUUCUCUUCUAACCCUGAGGAUAGUUACUUAUUGUCAGUGAUGAAACCCCCGUUACGUGAUUCUGAUGAGGUGGCGAAGCGAGCCUUUGUGGGCUCGACUUGUUUGGAAGACCGCACAGUUCAGCCUGGUCAGACUCUUAAGAUUUGGCUUUCCUGUAAGCCAAGAGAUAUCGGUUUACAUACCUCAGUUGUUCAUUUUGAUUUGGGCAAUGAGAAAAUAGAGCGUGUGGCAUUCCUCUUGGCAGAGGAUUCGGUUUCACAGGCUUUAUUUUCUAAUAAACCUUAUUCAAGAGCGCAGCCCUCAAGGAAGAAGUUCGAGUGCAACCAGUAUGUGCCGGGGGCUCGUCCAACUCAACAACAUGCAAUGGGAUUUAAAUACAAGCUUCCUCGAUAUGCUAUUCCUCUAGAUAUACGUGAAAUUGUCGAGAGCAAACAAAUUCCUGAUGCGCUCGAUGAAGAAUUGAAUUUUGAUAAUUAUGCAAAAAUUUUUAGCACUUUAAUUGUCAUGGAAGAAAUUCACUUGGAGGAGGCAAUGAGAGCUUAUGACAUGGAGUAUGUGACAAUGAAGAGAAGGGGCAACCAAUUUUUGUCUCUCGUCGUCCCUGGUUUAGCUGAGAGGCGGCCUUCACUGGUUUAUGGGGAUUAUAUACUCGCCCAACUUGCUACUGAUGACCCUCUGGCCGAUAACCGUACUUAUCAGGGUUACAUCCACAGAGUUGAGGCCGACGAAAUAUUUUUACGGUUCGAUCAGGCUUUUCAUUUAAGCCGUCAAAACGAGGACCUUUACAAUGUCAGCUUCACAUACAACAGGCUCAACAUGAGAAGACUAUAUCAAGCUAUUGAUGCAGCAGCAAAUUUAGGGCCUGAGCUUCUGUUUCCCUCUCAAUCAUCUUUCAAAAGGGUGAUUAAAAGGUCUCCUUUUACACCGUUGAAUCCAAAUUUAAACAAAGAGCAAGCAAAUUCAGUAGGUAUGAUACUUGGUUGCAAAGGAUCUCCUCCUUAUUUAAUUCAUGGACCUCCGGGGACCGGCAAAACAAUCACUUUGGUAGAAGCAAUUUUACAGCUUUAUACAAGCAGAAAGAAAGCCCGGAUUCUUGUUUGUGCUUCUUCAAACAGCGCCGCCGACCAUGUAUUGGAAAAGAUUCUUGAAAUGGAUAACGUCAGGGUUCGAGAGAAUGAGAUUUUUAGGUUGAAUGCGACGAGCCGCCCAUAUGAGGAUGUUAAGCCAGAUUUCCUUCGAUUUUGUUUCUUUGAUGAUAUGGUUUUUCGGUGUCCUCCUGUUAAUGCCCUUUUACAGUACAGAAUUGUAAUAUCGACUUAUAUGAGUGCUUCUUUAUUAUAUGCUGAGGGCAUUCGUCGAGGGCAUUUCUCGCACAUUUUCUUGGAUGAGGCAGGCCAAGCAUCCGAACCCGAAACAAUGGUACCUUUAUCGCACUUAUGUGUGAGACAAACGGUAAUUGUAUUAGCGGGAGAUCCUAUGCAACUGGGUCCGGUUAUUUAUUCAAAAAAUGCUGAGAAAUAUGGUUUAGGGCGAUCAUACCUUGAGAGGCUCUUUGAAUGCGAGCAUUAUUUAAAUGGGGAUGAAAAUUAUGUGACGAAGCUGGUGAGGAAUUACCGUUGCCACCCCGCAAUACUGGAGCUCCCUUCAAAGCUUUUCUAUGAAGGUGAAUUGAUUGCUUGUAAAGAUGAGAAUGAGUCAUCUAUUUAUGAUUCAUUGGAGCUUCCCAAUAAGUUGUUUCCCGUUCUUUUUAUCGGAAUUCAAGGGUGUGAUGAGAGAGAGGGUAAUAACCCAUCGUGGUUCAAUAGAAUUGAGGCUAGUAAAGUUGUCGAAAUCAUUAGAAAAGUGAUGAGGAACCCUGAUUUUGGUGAGAGCGAUAUUGGAGUUAUUGCUCCGUAUAGGCAGCAAGUGCUUAAGUUAAAGAAGGCUUUAGAGUCGCUUGAGAUGCCGGACUUGAAAGUCGGAAGCGUCGAGCAAUUUCAGGGACAGGAAAGGGAAAUCAUAAUUAUUUCGACUGUGAGGUCGACGGUUAAGCAUAAUGACUUUGACCGAGUACACAAUUUGGGGUUCUUAAGCAACCCUAGGAGGUUCAAUGUUGCUAUUACUCGAGCUAAAACCUUGCUAAUUAUUGUUGGAAAUCCUCACAUUAUUACCCAGGAUUGGCACUGGGAUAAGCUUCUGAGGAACUGCGCGGAAAAUGGUUCCUAUCAGGGUUGUCCUCUUCCUCCGCCAGAAAUGCACAACUUCCAUGACGCUAACCUUGGUGCAUAUAAUGAAGAAAAACGAGAAUCUAACGAUGAGGACAUUAACAACGAAGUUGAAUGUAAUGAAGACAUGCCGAAUCCGCCCUCGAAUGAAUCUGAAUCGAGCGAAUUGCCUACGAACGAGGGCCAGUGGGCUGACAGUUCAUCAAAUCAAUGCUCUAAUUUGGUCAGGUGGAGCGAUCUUUCUGAAAUUCAGGCCACUGGCUGGGGCAACGACAAUGAGCCUUGUGAAUCAUCCUCUAAUUGCGUUGGUACGACGUCGGAUGAUUCCACAAAAGUGAUUGGCUGGAGCGAUCUUUCCCGAAUUCCAGCAUCUGGAUGGGAUGAUUGAGCUCUGUUACUCUGCCGUCGAUGCGCGAAAACUUAGUGUGUGAUUGGGAGAGGGAAAAGAAAUCUUUGGAAAAACCCUUCCUUGCUUUCACUUUCCCCAAUUCAAUUUGCGCAUUGUUCGAUUCGGGUAGAGAGUUCAUGUUAUUGUACAUAGUCAAUAGUUGAUGUCAAAAUGAAGUGUCUAAAUUUUCCCUUUUUAUUAUCUGAUGCGCGCAUCUUAUUAUGAUCUACCAUUGGUUGUUAUAGCAGGGUUGGUAUAGCAAACAAAUAUCAAAUAGUUGUUGGUUUACUGGUUUUAAA